UAAAAAUUCUAUAUGUUAAAGUAGAUAAUAUUUAUAAAUUUUUCAAAAUAUGCAAGUUUCCUUUUUCAGAAACUAUUUAAAGCUUUUUCACUGCUAUCAACAUUUGCGCUUUAAUUCCCUUUUACAGGGAAAUCGUUCUGUACUGAAUGAUAUACCAUCCUACAUUGCUCUGUGUCCCGAAUUAACUGAAGAAAAUGUAGAUUUAGCUAAUAAUUUAAUAAAUAGUAUGGCCGUAAUUCCAAACUUUUUAUCUGAAAAUGACGAAAAUUCGAUUUUGGCUGAAAUAGAGCCCUACCUUAGAAAAAUGCGAUAUGAAUUUGAUCAUUGGGAUAACGCUAUUCAUGGGUUUCGGGAAACUGAAAGAUUAAAAUGGAAUGAGACCAAUACCGAAAUUCUCAAUAGAGUAAGGAAACUUGCAUUUCCUCCAAAUGUAGCUCAACUUAGGUUUGUACAUAUCUUGGAUUUGGAUAAAAAUGGAUAUAUUAAGCCACAUAUUGAUGCUGUGAGAUUUUGUGGUGACACCAUAGCUGGUUUAAGUCUUCUCACAGAUAGUGUAAUGAGGUUGGUUAAUGAUAAAAAUAAGAACCUAUACGCAGAUAUAUUACUGAAACGAAGAUCUCUGUAUAUAAUGAAGAAUUUUGCGCGAUUUGAUUAUACACAUGAAAUAUUAAGUAACGAACGUAGUGUUUUUAAAGGAGAGAAGAUAUUUAAAGAUAGAAGGAUAUCAGUGAUUUGUAGAAAUGAACCAGAUCCAGCUUAUAAAACAUAGUAUAUAGUGUCAUUUAUUCUAAAUUGUUAUAAUUUUGAAGUAUUAAACUUUGAAUAAAAAAGUUCCAAAAUAAA